AUGAGCAAUUUGCUCUGCUUUGAUUGCAUCGGAGGCAAAGGAAAAAUCACCGGUCAGUUGGCGGUUGCUUGGGAACAACUGGAGGAUAAGCCUGUCACCAUUUGGCAAGGAGCUGAUCACUGCGCUAGCCAAAUGGGUUCGAAGAUAUCAAAGCAAGGGUCAUUGAGAGUUGCAAAUGCAACCUUGCAAAGUAGCACUCAUGAUUCAUUGAUUAGCUAUCUCACCACAAGUAACAUUUUACGUAACUUGGUGUCCAAGCAUCGGCGCCGAAUGCUCAUCGCCGGUUACGAUCUCGAUAUGUCGUAUAUCACGGAUCGUGUACUCGCGAUGUCGUUUCCAGCCGAACGUAUGAGGGCCAUGUAUCGUAACCCACUUUGGCAAGUCAAAUCGGUGUUGGAUAUGCGGCAUGGUGGGCACUACAAGGUGUAUAAUUUAUGCAUUGAGCAAUCGUAUGAUCCAUCACACUUUCACUCUCGGGUCGAGACGUUCCCUAUCGACGAUAAUCACGUCCCAGCUCUGCCCAUGAUCAAGCUGUUCUGUGAAAACGUUGAUUCCUGGUUAUCUCAAGAUCCUAAGAACCUUGCUGUUAUACAUUGCAUGGCUGGCAAAGGUCGAACUGGAUUAAUGGUCUGUGUUUACCUAGUCUAUUGCGGCAUGACAGCAGAAGAUGCUCUCCAGUUGUAUGCGAGUAAAAGGACUACCAACAAUCAAGGUGUGUCUAUACCAAGCCAACGACGUUAUGUUCAGUACUGGGCUAGUGCACUUACUUUUCCUAGGGGAAUCAACAAUGGCCCUCCGGACGUGAAUUUGCCUCCACCAUGUAGCAGAGAACUGCGACGAAUCCGGCUAUACGACAUUGUUAACACAGACUCUGUCUUCUUUGUGGUCUCAGAGUUGCAGGAGAUUCCUGGUCAGUUGUAUCGUCCAUCGGUAGAGGUUGCCAAAGGUAGUUGUAGGCAAGUUAGACAAGGAUAUCAUAGGACUUAUAGUCCGAGGUAUUACAUUUCUUUUGUGGAAGAUGAUGAAGAUGGGAAGACAUCAGAUUCAGAUCAUCAGGAACCUCAUGUUGUUGUCCAGAUGGAUACUGAGAGUUCCAUCAUCUACCAAAAGACAUGUCUUGAUCAUUACUUUGAGAAGCCAGUAGAGUUAAGUGGAGAUGUACGAAUUAUAUUCUACGAGAAGAUGAUAGGAGGGAGACUCUUCUACGUCUGCUUCAACACAUCUUUCAUAAAGAACAGCUUGUUACAAUUUACACCUGGAGAUCUUGAUAAACUUGGGAAGAGAGGCAGGUCAAUGUGUGGCCCUUCAUUUUGCUUGGAGCUUACGUUUGGCCCUGCAAACUCAAAGUGUUCAGAGUUGCCCUUUGUUAGCAAUGUUGAUUUUAGUGAUGGACUAGAAGAAAUGUGAUCAAGAACUGAGAAGAGCAAUGUGAUCCUCCUUGUAAUGUGGUUUUCGCCCUUGUAAGAGAACAUUAAUAUGUAUCACAACUUCUUGUUGUUGCAUAGCCAUAGUUUCUAUAUCCAUACUCAAAACUGCAAUGAGCAUUGAGAUAUGAGGAAAAUCAUUUAUCUUUACUUCAGAAGAUAUAGAAGAAAAAGAUUCAUGUUUGGAGAAAUUCAUUUCUUGAGUAUUUGAUCGGGCAUUUUUGUACUCGGAAACACAUUUACCCUCCUUUACACAUUAAUCUUUGGUUGUAUGGGUGAAUUUCAAUUUGCAGUCUUUGGUUGUAUGAAAAAUGAGACGGGGCAUCAAAAUAUCAAUUGAAAUAUUUACAAAAUGAAUUCAAUAAUUCAUUGUUUUCUUACAAAGAUGAAAAGA